AUGUACUGUCCAUCCGGUAGAUGCCUGACAUUAUAUAUUGCUCCGUGUGACAUAUCAUUUGUUAUCAUUUAUUAUUAUUAUUAUUUGGGAGGGGGUGGAAGCAGCGUGUUUGGGAUGGAAAGGUCCUCUGAGUUUUUUCUUUGCGCCUCACUUCUUGUUUCACAUGCUUCCGAGGGGUCUUUCAUAGUUAGUUCCUCUCUCUUCCUGUGUGAUUCUGUCUUCUUGCACAUGGCGGGGUUGACGGAGGAGGACAUCACGGAGGAGGCAAUCCAUUCCGAGGAGGCGCGGCUGCUGAAUGAAACACGGAAGAUCACGCAGUUGCAGGCAAAUAUUGCGGCUCUUCAGGCAGAACUGAAAUUUGCAGAGGAGGAGCGCACGCGUCUGGCCAACUCUCUUCGCUGGCGCCGGAUGAUGGCCGAGGUGGAGAAGGAUGAGGAGAUUACGGGCAUCACGGCCGCGAUGACGGCGGCUUUGAAUGAGUUUCGCGCCAGUCUGCGGCCUCCCGAGGACUACGACGAGGCACGCGAGAAUAUUCCUUAUGUGGACACGGAUGACUACGCCGACUUCUCACCCAUUGAGUCACUUUUUGACGAUCGUCUGGCGUUGGUGUGGGAACUUGUGUCGGGGGAUGGAGAUGGUGCAGCGGGUGAAAGAGCAGUGCGGCACCGCCGCGCGAUGUUAAUGCUGCUUGUUUUGACUGUGAAUCUUGGAAGACUGGCGGAGUUUGCAGGGGCGGGGGCGGAGGUCGUCGAGGAAACUGAGGAGCUGAAGGAGAACGUAACGUCAGUAUGGCAGCAGCUAUUGUACUCGGACUGUGGACUCACACCGCCAGAAAAGUUGGAGUGGAAGGAGGUUGUACAAAUAUUUUUGGGGGCGCCGUAUGACACACCGGCAUGA